AUGAAGUGGGACGCUGUGGCGGUCACUCUGGGCUUGGGCUCCCCUGCCUGGGCCCUGCUUCGAUUCGGCUGCGCCCAACUGACGAUCCAACGCCUAGAUCCCCUCGUCACACCUGGACAGAAUCCGUCGCCGCAUCUUCACCAAAUCAUUGGAGGGAACUCUUUCAACGUUUCCAUGCCCUAUCCCGAGCACGAUCUCGUCAACUUGUCCACGUGCACCAGUUGCCAGUUCACAGAGGACUUGUCCAACUACUGGACGGCGGUGCUGUUCUUCCGCGCCAGGAACGGCACAUUCAAGAGGGUGCCGCAGAUUGCCCAGCAAGGCAUGGAAGGUACCAAGGGUGGGAUGGUGGUCUACUACAUGAGCGAUGCGCUGUUCGACACGGCGCAGCGGUCCACCGUCACGGCCUUCAAGCCCGGCUUCCGCAUGCUGAUCGGCGACGCGUCGUUCAAGACACGCGACGAGGCGCGCAAGUUCCGGCAGCUGACGUACACGUGCAUGGAGAACCAGGCCAGCCGGGCGCCCGAGACGGUCGGGUUCCCCCAGACGCCGUGCAAGCUGGGCAUCAUGGCGAACCACCAGUUCCCGACGUGCUGGGACGGCGUCAACCUCGACUCGCCCAACCACCGCGACCACGUGGCCUACCCGGAGACGGGCACGUUCGAGUCCGGCGGCAAGUGCCCGGCGUCGCACCCGGUCAAGAUCCCGCAGAUCCUGCUCGAGACGGUCUGGGACACGUCCGCGUUCAACAACAAGGACGACUGGCCCGAGGACGGCAGCCAGCCGUUCGUUUGGUCCAACGGCGACAGCACCGGCUUCUCGAACCACGCCGACUACGUCUUCGGCUGGAAGGGCGACGCCCUGCAGCGCGCCAUGGACGCCCACACGUACGUCUCGGCGCCCAUGCUCAAGACGCAGAGCAUUGCCGACCAGAACAAGUGCGCUUCGACGGUCAAGGAUAUGGUCAAAGAGAAUUUUGAUGGAUGGCUCAAAGAACUGCCGGGAGGCAACCCUGUUUUCUGA